UUUACAAGUGCAAGCUUCGAAAUAUAACAUACAAUACAAGUCAGUUGUUACCGUUAAUAUAUUCGGAGUACGCUACCCCACUGAUACGUGAAUAGCAGUCAUGUCGGACUUUAUUGAAAGUGAGGCAGAAGAGUCAGAGGAGGAGUUUGAGGAGAAGGACUUAAAACCUAAGAAGAACCAGAGAUUUUUGGAAGAAGAUGCAGAUGAAGAGGAAGAAGACGAUAACCCAGAAGACCAGGAUGAGAAAGGGAAUUUACGUGGCUUCAUUGAUGAUGGAGACGAGGUAGAAGAGGAGGAAGAAGCAGAAAAAAGUGGAAGUGGCGGAGGGAGUGAUUCAGAGGAGGAAGUGAGGCGUCGACAUAAAAAAAAGCGCAGCUACGAUGACUACCUGGAUGAUGACGACCUUGACCUAAUUGAGGAAAACUUGGGUGUCAAAGUAAAAAGGAGGAAGAAGAAAUAUGACCGUGUAAAAACACUGGAUGAUGAUGAAGAUGAUGACGAGAAGGACUUGAUCGCAGAUGAGAUAUUUUAUCCGGAUGGUGAAGGGGAGCUGGAGGAAGGCGAGGCUGUUGAUGAACCUAUGCAACAGCCUGAUGAUGAUGAAGAAGGAGAGGAUGAAGAAUCAGAUAUCGAUGACUUCAUUGUGGAUGAUGAUGGCCAGCCCAUCACCAAAAAGAGGGGCAAGAAGUUCUCAGGAUACACUGAUGCUGCGCUCCAGGAAGCUCAGGAGAUUUUCGGUGGCGACUUUGACUUUGCUGACUUUGAUGCUGAUGCAUAUGACCAGGGUGAGGAGGAGGAAGAGGAUCAAGAUGAAGAGGGCUGGGACCGACCCAAGAAGCAAACUAAGAGGAGGCUGGGGAGGAAAAGCAUUUUUGAGAUCUACGAGCCAAGUGAGCUCGAAAGUAGUCACAUGACUGACCAGGACAAUGAGAUCCGCUCCACAGACAUGCCUGAGCGGUUCCAGCUGCGAGCUAUUCCUGUCAAACCUGCUGAGGAUGAUGAGCUGGAAGAGGAAGCAGAAUGGAUCUUCAGACAUGGGUUUUCCACUCUUACAAUCUCCAUGCAGGAGAGCACAGAUUACCUAGACAGGGGCACAACCACAAACUUCAGCAGAAAAGGUCCCAGCACAAUUGCCAAGAUCAAAGAGGCCCUUAACUUCAUGAGGAAUCAACAAUUUGAGGUUCCUUUUAUAGCUUUCUACAGAAAAGAAUAUGUUGAACCAGAGCUCAACAUCAAUGACCUGUGGAAAGUGUGGCAGUGGGAUGAGAAGUGGACUCAGCUAAAGACCCGGAAGCAGAACCUGACCCGUCUGUUUCAGAAGAUGCAAUCUUAUCAGUUUGAGCAGAUCUCUGCUGACCCUGACAAACCUUUGGCCGAUGGUAUUCGUCCUCUGGACACUACUGACAUGGAGAGGCUGAAGGAUGUACAGACUCUUGAAGAGCUGGGUGAUGUCUACAAUCACUUUUUGCUCUACUACGGACGAGACAUCCCCAAGAUGCAGAACGCUGCCAAAGCCAACAAGAAGAGGCUCAAGAAGAUCAAAGAAGUGUCAGAGGAUGGAGAUGAGGAGGAAUUAGAGGUAGAAGAAGAAGAAGAGCAGAAAGGACCUGAUCUCAAGUUGGCAUCCCGUAGGGAUAUGUACAGCAUCUGCCAGAGCGUGGGACUUGAUGGCUUGGCUAAAAAGUUUGGUUUAACUCCAGAGCAAUUUGGAGAAAAUCUGAGGGACAGUUACCAACGUCACGAGACAGAGCAGUUCCCUGCUGAGCCCGUAGAGCUGGCCAAAGAUUACGUUUGCAGUCAGUUCUCUACUCCAGAGGCAGUGCUGGAGGGAACUAGGUAUAUGGUAGCCAUGCAGAUUGCUCGGGAACCUCUGGUCAGACAUGUUCUCCGACAGACGUUUCAGGAGAGAGCCAAGGUUAACAUCAAACCUACAAAAAAGGGCAAAAAGGAGGUAGACGAAGCUCACUUUGCCUACUCUUUCAAGUAUCUUAAGAACAAGCCUGUAAAAGAACUGAAUGGGGAUCAGUUCUUGAAGAUGUGCCUUGCAGAGGAUGAGGGGCUACUUACCAUUGAUAUCUGCAUAGACCUUAUAGGAGUUAAAGGGUAUGCAGGGGACCAGACGUACUUUGACGAGAUCAAACAGUUCUACUACAGGGACGAGUUCAGUCACCAGGUGCAGGAGUGGAACAGGCAGCGAACUUUAGCCAUAGAAAGAGCUCUCAAUCAGUUCCUCUACCCUCAGAUGGCCAAGGAGCUUAAGAGCAAACUGAUUGCUGAGGCCAAAGAGAGCAUUAUCAGGUCCUGCUGUCGCCGACUGUAUAACUGGCUGAAAGUGGCUCCGUACAGGCCAGAUCAGCAGGUUGAGGAAGAUGAUGAUCUGAUGGAUGAGAAUCAGGGAAAAGGCAUCAGAGUGCUUGGUGUAGCCUAUGCGCCCAGCAGAGAUACUCCAGUAUUCUGUGCUCUGAUCAACGGGGAAGGAGAGGUGAUGGAUUUUCUUCGUCUACCCUACUUCAUGAAGAGAAGGAACGCCUUCAGGGAGGAUGAGAGAGAGAAGAAGGCCAGUGACAUUGAAAAUCUCAAGAGGUUUCUGUCAGGCAAGAAACCUCAUGUAGUAGCUGUUGCUGGAGAAAACCGAGAUGCCCAAAUGAUAAUGGAGGACAUCAAGAGAACUAUCGGCGAGCUUGAGCAGGAGUCCUCUCUGCCUGCUGUAGGAGUGGAACUUGUUGACAAUGAACUGGCCACGCUGUACAUGAACAGCAAGAAGUCUGAGGCUGAUUUUAGGGAUUAUCCUCCGUUGCUGCGACAGGCUGUUUCAAUAGCCAGGAAGAUCCAGGAUCCGCUGGUGGAGUAUGCUCAGGUCUGCAGCACUGAUGAGGAUAUUCUCUGCCUCAAACUACACCCACUGCAGGAACAUGUGGUGAAGGAGGAUUUGCUCGAUGCUCUUUACUGUGAGUUCAUCAACCGUGUUAAUGAGGUUGGAGUAGAUGUGAACAGAGCCAUCGCACACCCUCAUACUCAGAGCCUGGUUCAGUAUGUGUGUGGUUUGGGACCAAGGAAGGGUUCACAUCUUCUCAAGAUUCUGAAGCAGAACAAUACUCGUUUGGAAAACAGAACACAGCUCGUCACAAUGUGUCACAUGGGACCCAAGGUUUUUAUCAACUGUGCUGGUUUCAUCAAAAUUGACACGGCUUCGCUUGGGGACAGUACGGACUCCUACAUUGAGGUCCUGGAUGGCUCUCGUGUCCACCCUGAGACAUACGAGUGGGCUCGCAAGAUGGCUGUAGACGCGCUCGAGUAUGAUGAGUCGGCAGAAGAUGCCAAUCCAGCCGGAGCUCUGGAGGAGAUCUUGGAAAAUCCCGAACGUCUCAAAGACCUGGACUUGGAUGCAUUUGCUGAAGAGCUUGAGAGACAGGGUUACGGAAACAAAGGAAUUACUCUGUAUGACAUCCGUGCCGAGCUGAGCUGUAGGUAUAAAGACUUACGAGUUGCGUACAGAGUCCCUAACACUGAGGAGGUUUUCAACAUGCUCACCAAGGAGACUCCAGAGACCUUUUAUAUCGGUAAGCUGAUCACUAGUGUAGUAACUGGCAUCGCUCACCGGCGCCCUCAGGGAGAGAGCUAUGACCAGGCCAUCCGUAAUGAUGCUACAGGCCUUUGGCAGUGCCCCUUCUGCCAGCAGGACAAUUUCCCUGAACUGAGCGAGGUGUGGAACCACUUUGACAGUGGGUCAUGUCCAGGUCAGGCCAUUGGAGUACGGUCCAGAUUAGAUAAUGGUGUUCAGGGUUUCAUUCCCACCAAGUUUCUCAGUGACAAAGUGGUCAAACACCCUGAGGAGAGGGUCAAGGUGGGCAUGACAGUUCACUGUCGAAUCAUGAAAAUCGACAUUGAGAAAUUCAGCGUUGACCUCACGUGUCGCACCUCUGAUCUAAUGGACAAGGCCAACGAAUGGAAGCUCCCUAAGGACAGCUACUAUGACUUUGACACAGAGUCUGAAGACCAAAAGCUGGAGGAGGAGUUCAAAAAGAAACAACAGCGAACACCAUAUAUAAAGCGUGUGAUUGCCCACCCCAACUUCCACAACAUCAGUUUCAACCAGGCAGAGAAGAUGAUGGAGACCCUGGAUCAGGGUGACUUAAUUAUUAGGCCCAGUAGCAAGGGAGAAAACCACCUCACAGUCACCUGGAAGGUGGCUGAUGGCAUCUACCAGCAUGUUGAUGUGAGAGAAGAAGGCAAAGAGAAUGCUUUCAGCUUAGGGCACACUCUGUGGAUCAACAAUGAGGAGUUUGAAGAUCUGGAUGAAAUUACUGCUCGGUACAUUCAGCCAAUGGCGUCAUUUGCCCGGGAUAUGCUGGGGCAUAAGUACUUCCAGGAGUGCAACAGGGGAAGCAGGGAGAAAAUGGAAGAGUUGCUGAUGCGGACAAAGAGGGAGAAGCCCACCUUCAUCCCUUACUUUAUUUCAGCAUGCAAAGAUCUACCAGGAAAAUUCAUCCUGGGCUACCAACCACGUGCAAAACCACGGAUUGAGUAUGUGACUAUUACCCCAGAUGGAUUCCGCUACCGUUCACAGAUUUUUCCUACGGUGAAUGGGCUUUUCCGGUGGUUUAAGGACCAUUUUCAGGACCCUGUGCCAGGCAUCACUCCCAGUAACAGCAGCCGAACAAGGACGCCUGCCUCCCUGAACGCUACCCCAGCCAAUAUUAACAUUGCAGACUUGACACGAGCUGUCAACGCCCUCCCACGCAACAUGACAUCUCAGAUGUUCAAUGCCAUCGCCGCAGUCACGGGCCAGGGUCAGAACCCCAACACCACACCUGCACAGUGGGGCUCCAGCCAGUACGGCUACGGUGGCAGCACAGGAGGUGGAGGGAGUUCGUCUGCCUAUCAUGUGUUUGCCACACCUCAGCAACCUAUGGCGACACCCAUGAUGACGCCCAGCUACUCGUAUACCACACCGAGCCAGCAAGCUUUGGGCACACCGCAAUACCCAGGCUCCACCCCUCAGUCUUCACAUUCUCAUGCCCACGCCCACCCACAUGGAAGCCACAUGUCACAUCACGGCCAUCACAGCAGUCACCACGGCCACUCAUCGGGCACACCGUCAUCUUCCACCUCAUCCCGAGGACGGACGCCACAACAGCAGCCAAAGCCAAGCAGCAGCAGCUCCACCGCAGUAGACUGGGGCAAGAUGGCCGAGCAGUGGCUGAAGGAAAAGGAAGCAGAGGGCAGAAAGAAAUCUCAGAGGAUGACGCCACGACCGUCACCCAGCCCUAUGAUCGAGAGCACACCCAUGUCAAUCACUGGAGACGCCACACCCCUGCUGGAUGAAAUGGACCGAUAGGGGACAAAGGGGGGCGUUGCUGUACCCCCCCACACACCCAACUUUGUCCCUUUGUACUGCUUCUUCAUCCAGAUAACCCAUUACCCUUUCUCUCCCCAACAUCCCAUCAGCCCCAUCUUCACCUUGACUCUUCAUGUUUUCCCCUUCACCUCAUGAUAUUGUAGCAGCAGUUUUCACUCUGGUGUCACCCAGCCCAUAUCUCGUCUUCCCGUCGACCCAUCAAAUGUUUCAUAACCUCACCUCCAGCCACCUCAUGCUAUGGCUGCAUAGUAUUUUGUACAGUCAGAAUAACACUGUAUACAUCAUUCAAAAUGUCAGUAGAAUGACAUAAAUAAAGGAGAAAAAAAACACUUGAAGUAUGUGGAAGCAGUUACGUAUAGGAUAUGGACCUACACUGACAUUGCCAUUGGUUUUAGUUUGAUCGAGGAAAUAGGUCUGACAGAUGGGGAACAACAACCCGGUCAUGUUUGGCGGAGUUUUAUGAGCAGUUGCCAAAAGAGCUCUUUGCCAAGCCAAUGAGGAAAUUGAAUAUUUGUAUGAAUGCGUCAGAACGAAUAAAGACUUUUUUUUUUCUUGUUUGAAUCUUAAGACUUCAAUCUUCACAUCUGUCAAAGCAAACACACAUGUUACUGAGCAGACACACCCGGUGACAGGAUUUAUAACGCCAGCCUCUGUCAGGCAUGAGUUACAGAUUAUUGUCUCCACCACACGCUGUGAUAUGAUCAGCUGACACCGUGUGAUUGGCUCCUGUAGAUAGCCUCUAAUGUAUUGCUGAAAUUUAAGUGGCCUGUUCUGUGUGGUCAUUAAUGAAGUGCCACACUGAAACAGGGUGUUUUUGAUGACUUCUUGUGUUUCAAUAUGCAGAAGUUGUCUUCAGUUUAAAACUGUUGUUUUUAGUACCUGCUCUCUGACUGGCAGAUUGUUGACGAAACUUUCAUUAGUCUGUCAGAUGUUGAUUUUAAAGUUUACCCAGAUCUGAAUUUCGUGUAUGUUAAAUGUGUGCAGUUCAGUGAAUACUGGUUUAUGAUGUUUGCCAUCUUAAAAGAUGUGAUCGCCACGUGCUGCUGCUGUAAUUCUGUCUGAGUCAGUAUCUCUUUUCUCACUGAUAUCACAGCCUUCAAAAUUUCCAAUAUUCCAGUGGAUGAGCUAAAGUUUUUCUAACACUAUCAACCGAAUAUACUAUCAGACUGACUUCCCACUGCUUAUAUUCCUGAACUCUGUGUAAUGUUCUGAACUGCAUGACAGUUUAUGGCCACCCUGGUUCUCUCCUGAUUCAUGGAUUCAGUUUUACUCUUGCUGUUUGUGCCAGAGUACAAACAGGCAGCACUGGUAUUCAGAGGUGUGUUUAAUUUUGCUGUGUGCGAAGCAACAUGGUCCCAUAAUAUGCAUAAUCUUUUUAAUUAUGGUUUUGGAGUAAAUGCUCUGGGUUUUACAUUUCUUGCCAGGUGGAGAUCUCACAUGUGUCUCAGCGAGGCUGUGAUUGGUUGUCGGCAGUAGCUGGUCUCCAGCACUGCUGAUGGCUUUUUCUACCUGUGAUCCCUUUAAUAAAAGUGUUCAUAUGAA